AUGUCACUUUCAAGGCAAUUCCUGUGGCGUACGGUGGAACACGGAGAGAUGAUUCCGGCCGACGAUAUAUGGAGUGAUUAUGGAAUUACCAAGCCUCCGCCUAGCAAAACAUUCUCUCUAAAAAGCCAGAGCACUUGCGAAAUUGUCAGAACGUGCAACCAAGCUGGUCGACUGAUCUGGAAUUUUACUAUCAAUGGCGAUGUCGAAUUCGAAAUAGUACGAAGAGACGCAGGAAAAGAAGUGAAGAUUUGGCCGAAGAUAACGUUAACAAGCUUGAAGCUACCCGAAUAUGGUAAUGUAACCGUGAUCCCUGGAGCAUACGUGGUGCGAUUCAAGAACCCUUCAACGACUUGGUUCACUGUAAAGGUGACAGGGACAGCCGAAAUCAUAGCCGAGGAUAAGUAG